UUUUGACUCACAAUGUCAACCAUUACCUUUGUAACAGGCAACAAGAACAAGCUCAAGGAAGUAGUGGCUAUCUUGGCCGGUGAAACUGACGGCAAGAGCAAUGUGGGCAAGUUCACCAUCGUCAACGCUGCGUUGGACUUGGACGAGUAUCAAGGAACCGUUGAAGAGGUGACGGCUCGCAAGGCCAAAACUGCAGCAGAACUCAUCAACGGUCCAGUGAUGGUGGAAGAUACAUGUUUGGGGUACGAUGCCAUGAAGGGUUUACCAGGCCCUUAUAUCAAAUGGUUUGUGAAUCUGGUGGGAUUGACAGGAUUGGUGGAUAUGCUUUACAAGUUUGAAGAUAAAGGUGCAAAAGCCAUUUGUACGUUUGGGUACUGCGAGGGACCUGGGAAGGAAGUCAGGCUAUUCCAGGGGGUGACCGAAGGAAAAAUAGUUGAUAGCAGAGGACAUACUAAUUUUGGAUGGGAUUCAAUUUUUGAACCCAAUGGCUUCAACCAAACGUAUGCUGAGAUGGACAAAUCGGUGAAAAACACCAUCAGCCAUCGGUUCAAGGCCUUAGACAAGUUGAGAGAGUUUUUGUUACAACAAUAAAUGUAUACAUAUUAAGAGAUGUGUAGAUUUUUCGUAUAUCAUUAGCAAAAGCUCAGUAUGUGAUUCUACUACUUUUUGAAGAAGCCAGUAACUUUGGAGAGGAAAGACUUGCUGUUUGGGUUGUCAGGGCCAUUGGAAACCACCGUGUACAAGUUUUCUGGACUCGAGUCUCUUCUGUCUUUCUUUUUGUCGGCGUUGAUGAAAUUCCCGUAUCCUCCUCUUCCAAUAAAAGACUUGUUGGAGGUGACAGGAUGGAUUUCAUUGUGUCCAUCGACAUCUUGCAACUUUCGGGUCAAUUUGGGAUCAUCAUUUUUAACGAUAUUUCCAAAUCCUCCUCUUCCUGUACUGAUGAAAUCAUUAUUCAAUUGUGGAGUAUUGGAGCCUUGAGGAACGAGUUUUGGAGAAGGCACUUGUUUUGAGGACGUGAUAUUCCCGGCACCUCCUCUACCGGUAGAGUAGUAGACCCUUUCGUUGUCUGCCAUUAUGGAAGUGAAGAAAACAAAUAGAAAAAGCUGGUCAGGUAAAAAAGGCCCAGUUUUUUCUUGUUUUCCGAAGAUGCAAAAGAACGAGAAACUUCAGCCACAACGCAGGGCGCGGCACGGAAGGAACGCGAGCGCUCACUGGCGGUGCUGUCGCACCAUGGACGUACCACAGUACGAUGGCCACAGUUCACUCGACCGCUUAGAUAUCGAGCCGGAGGAACAACGACGCUAUAUCCGUAUCGAUGUCUAGGUACUCCGCGUCUCUCG